AUGGGUGGUGCCGAGUCAAAAGAAGCUCACCAGAAAAUCCACAAAACCACCCUUGCGGGAGUUACAUUCCCCAACACCUUUGAGCUCUACUACGAGCCCUCCUGGAAGAAGCUCAAGCUGUCUCUGGGCGAGGCCUCUUCCGAGCCACUCUACACCUUCAACCUACCAGAAGGCUGGUGGGGGGACCUCAUCAUGUACAACGGCCCUACUCUGGAACACCCGCCGCUGGCCGCUGUGCGCAACACUGGCAAAUCGGGAAUGGGAAACGCCGUCACACUGCCUCCUCUAGGGCCGGGCCAAGAAGUCCUCGAGGAGAAGAUGUCGCGUCGAAGCAAGGGCCUGAUGGACGUGUUUUCCUUUGCAGCUGUUGUGCAAUCCAGAGAGGGGGAGAAAACAACGCGACGUGUCGAAAGAUUCGAGUGGGUGUCCUCAGGACGCAAGGAGGUGAAGGAUUUGCACGAAUGGAAGCACGGGUGGAAAUUAAGGCGAGUCGUUGCGAGUGGCGCGGAUGAAGACGAGCGUGAAGCUGCGAAUGAGAUCCCAGCCGGGGAGAUAUUGGCUGUUUGGGCCGACUCUACGAUGAGCAUGAGGAAGGCUGCCAAGUUCCAGUUCCUUAACAGUGGAGCGACCGGUGAGCUAGGAGAGGCGUGGGCCCUGAUGGCGGUGAUUACGUUUGUGAGGGUAUGGCAGAGAUACAUGCAGGUGGUGAUGGUGUAG